AUGGCUCCAGGCGGAGGAGGAAACAUCAAGGUGGUGGUUCGUGUGAGGCCUUUCAAUAGCAGAGAAAUCGAUCGAGGUGCAAAAUGUAUCGUGCAAAUGAAAGGAAACCAGACGGUGCUUACGGCACCGCCUGGUGCGGAAGACCGAUCGCGAAAAGGUGGAGGAAAGGGAGGUGGUGAUGGGCCCAAAGUGUUCGCAUUCGAUCGGUCCUACUGGUCCUUUGACAAGAACGAUUCAAAUUACGCUGGCCAGGAUAACCUGUUCGACGAUUUGGGAACGCCGCUCCUCGACAAUGCCUUCAGCGGAUAUAACAACUGUAUUUUUGCCUACGGCCAGACUGGAUCCGGGAAAUCAUACUCGAUGAUGGGCUAUGGUCAAGAAUAUGGUGUGAUUCCUCGCAUUUGCCAGUCCAUGUUCAUGAGAAUCAACGAGAUGCAGCGGGACAAGCACUUGAACGUGACUGUGGAAGUGUCGUACUUGGAAAUCUACAACGAGCGUGUCCGAGAUCUGCUCAAUCCUUCCAAUAAAGGAAACCUCAAGGUCCGAGAGCAUCCCUCGACUGGUCCAUACGUGGAAGACCUUGCGAAACUAGUCGUUCGCUCGUUCGACGAGAUUGAUCAUUUGAUGGACGAGGGAAACAAGGCUCGAACGGUCGCCGCGACCAACAUGAACGAAACCUCCAGUCGAUCGCAUGCAGUAUUCACCUUGACACUUACACAAAAACGGCACGAUGCGGAGACGUCCAUGGACACGGAGAAAGUCUCGAAGAUUAGUCUGGUUGAUUUGGCGGGUUCCGAGAGAGCAAACUCCACGGGAGCGACGGGUGCACGCUUGAAGGAAGGUGCAGAGAUCAACAGAUCCCUGUCGACGCUUGGCCGUGUUAUCGCUGCUUUGGCAGAUGUGUCUUCGGGCAAGCUCAAGAAGGCGUCCAUGGUUCCGUAUCGUGAUUCAAUUCUCACGUGGCUCCUGAAGGAUUCACUGGGCGGUAAUUCCAUGACUUCCAUGAUUGCGGCAAUCUCACCCGCAGACAUCAACUUUGAUGAAACGCUAAGUACCCUUCGUUAUGCGGACUCUGCGAAGCGCAUUAAGAAUCACGCGGUGGUGAACGAGGAUCCGAACGCUCGUAUGAUUCGCGAGUUGAAGGAAGAGCUGGCACAGUUGCGGUCAAAACUUGGAACAGGGGUACCUGGAGGAGUCGCUGGAGCCCCAGGAUCAGUUCCGCAAGAAGAAUACUAUCCACCCGAUACGCCGUUGGAAAAGCAGAUGGUCUCUAUCCGGCAGACUGAUGGCACCGUGACCAAGGUCAGCAAAGCGGAGAUUGUGGAGCAGCUCAACCAGAGUGAGAAGCUGUACAAGGAUCUCAAUCAGACGUGGGAAGAGAAGCUUCAAAAGACCGAGGAGAUUCACAAAGAGCGCGAGCAGGCCCUGGAGGAGUUGGGUAUCAACAUCGAGAAGGGCUUCAUUGGAUUAAGUACGCCUAAGAAGAUGCCUCAUUUGGUGAAUCUGAGCGACGAUCCUUUGCUGGCCGAGUGUUUGGUCUACAAUAUCAAACCAGGAACCACGACGGUGGGUCACUUGGACCAAGGCAACAAUGUGGAAAUCCGACUCAACGGAUCCAAAAUCCUCACCAAGCAUUGUACUUUCGAGAAUGUCGAUAACAUUGUGACUAUCGUCCCAACAGAGGGCGCUGCGGUAAUGGUCAACGGUCUACGCAUCGACAAGCCAACUCGGCUCAAGAGCGGUUUCCGAAUAAUCUUGGGUGACUUUCACAUCUUCCGGUUCAAUCACCCACAAGAAGCCCGUGCGGAGCGAGUUGAACAGAGUUUGCUCAGGCACUCGGUCACAACCAGUCAGCUUGGCUCACCUGCACCAAACAAGACUCAUGACCGAACGCCCAGCAAAGUCGACUCCGAUGCUGAUGGUGAUUCAAGCAGAGCCGACUCACCCAUGCCUUCACGAGGACGAGAAUCGGAUUGGUUUCUGGCUCGUCGGGAAGCAGUCAGCGCUAUGGUUGGCCCUGAUCAGAUCUCUCAUCUGCCAGACGAUGAGUUAGACGCUCUCUUUGAGGAUGUACAAAAAGCACGAGCAGAACGUCGUGGGAUGCCUGAAAACGAGGAAGACUCUGAUUCAUCGACAUCUUUCCCAGUGCGCGAGAAGUAUUUGUCGAAUGGAACCAUUGACAACUUCUCCCUUGAAACGGCCAUCACUAUGCCGGGGACACCGCGUCAAGCCGACGACGAGAGCGCAGGCACCUCUCUCCGGAAAGAUCUGAAGGAAUUGCAGCUCCAAGAUAAGCCCAAGUCAGAUCAAACUCUGCCUGUUCAAGACGCCGCCGAGCCUCAAACCCAGACAGAGAAGGAACGCAUCGAAAACGCAUUGCGGUCGGCCAAGGAGGAGUUUGAAGAACAACUCAGAGUGCAAAAGGAGAAUUUUGAGUCACAAAUGCGUGAUAUGGGGAAACCGGUUCCGCAGAUCCUUGAAAAUGGGUUCGCAAAGUUAGACGAGCGUGAAAUUGAAAUCGCAAGAAGCGUCGUUAGCCAUUGGUCGCAGCGAAACUUUGUUCGAAUGGCGGAGAAGAUUUUGCAACAUGCGUCAUUAUUGAAAGAGGCCCAAGUCAUGAGUCAAAUCAUGGACAAAAAUGUGGUGUUCCAGUUUGCCAUUGUGGAUCACGGCCAUAGUAUGGCGUCCUCGUAUGACCUUGUCCUGAAUGGAAUUUCAGGUGAUGAGGAUACUGUCUUGGAAGAGACAAAGAAGCCCUGCGUGGCUGUUCGAGUCAUUGAUUACAAGCAAAACGUGAUCCACCUGUGGUCGAUUGAGAAACUCCAGCGCCGGCUGCAGUCCAUGCGUCAACUGCAUCAAUACAUUGACCGACCGGACUAUAUUCAGCAUUUCAAACUUGACAAUCCCUUUUCGGAAUCCUGCUCGCCUCAGUAUUCUUUGAUUGGGGACGCUGAUAUUCCCUUGACCGCUGUCUUUGAGACUCGCGUGCAGGAUUUCUCGAUUGAAAUCAUCUCACCAUACACUCAAAGUGUGAUCGGCAUCAUCCGACUGUCUCUGGAGCCAUCGUCUGCACAAGCCCCCUCUUCAACGUUGAAGUUCAACGUAGUGAUGCGAGAUAUGGUUGGAUUCGCCGAGUGGGAGGGAUCGGAUGUGCAUGCGCAGCUCUUCGUUCCCGGCAUUUCCGAGGAAGGCGGUGCGACCACCACGCAGAUGAUCAGUGGUUUCGAGGAGAGUCCUGUUCGCUUUGAGAGCGUGCAUAGCAUGAGUUUACCGUUGUCGAGCCCUCGAUCAGCUACGCUCAAGGUGUGCGUGUAUGCUCGCGUGACUUCUGUCCACCUCGAUAAACUGCUCAGCUGGGACGACAUGCGCGAUUCUGCUGAGAUUACGCCCAAAAAGCGGACCGCCCCUCGGAUCGCAGAGUCCGAGUUCUACUCCGAGGAACGCCACGAUGUCUUUGCCCGUGUCCAAGUUCUCGAGAUGGCAGAGUCCGGAGAAUAUCUUCCGGUUGAGGUUGUUCAGAAUAAUCCACUCGACGCGGGCACAUAUCAACUUCAUCAAGGAUUGCAGCGUCGUAUCAUGAUCAACAUGACAUACAGUUCCACCGAAAGCCUUCCCUGGGAUGACAUCAACAACGCGCGCGUCGGCUCUGUUCGACUCCUCGACCCGUGGGGGAAAAUCCCGGACCAGGAUUUCCAGACACCUGAUGUUCCUCUCAAGUUCCUCCAGGAACCGAUUGUAAAGGACAACGCUGACGGCACAUCCAAUGUCACGAUCGUUGGGCAAUGGGACUCGAGUUUGCACGGCUCCCUUCUGCUCGAUCGUGUGACCGCGGACAAGUACCGUGUUCAGGUCACUGUCCGCUGGGAUCUUGUCUCGUCCCGGCUCCAGACGCCUGUCGUGUUUGAGGUUGACCAGACCUUGCAAAUUCUCGGCCGUACUUAUGUUCGCCAGCAAUCCAUGUUCAAGCAGCUGUGGAGCUCGACGCGGGUGGUGCACUCCACAACGCAAAUGUACUCAUUAGUGAUUCGGCCCGUCUCUGCCAAGCGCGCGGCUGAUCUUUGGCGAAUGAACACGCAGAACGAUUACGUCAAAGGCGAAGAGCUAUUGACCUCCUGGGCGCCUCGCAAGGUGUCGUUGGUUCGAGACUAUAUGGCUGCUCGCAAACGCCGACAAAGAUUGGCUGAGUUGCACGCUGCUCGAGGGGCGCUGAGUGCUGGCAGCCUCCUGCCGUCUCCUGCUCGAAGCAUCCUGCCAUCUCCGGCCCGAAGUGGACGAUCGACCCCGCUGCGUAACCAAGAUUUAAAUGAACGCAAAACGAGACUGCUUCGCAAGUACCUCGAGCUCUGGUCGACCAAGCGAGAUCCCACCGAGACCAUUCUCGUUCGGAGCAAUACCGAGCCCCCCACCGACGGUGCUGCGAUUGCAGCUCAACGCAAAACAAAGGGUGCCAGUACUGCCGACAACUCAUCGCUCAAGCCGCGGUUUGUGGCCACCAUCCAAGCCCUGCCGAAGAAUCCGUCAGCCCUCAAGUCAGGCUACGUACUCACCCCGGAUGACACCAACAGCGUGUGGGUUCGGCGAUUUGUGGAGCUGCGCCGGCCGUAUCUUCACAUCUACUCCGCCGAUGGGGACGAAAUUAACGCCAUCAACUUGCGCAACUCCCGGGUUGAUCACAACCCCGACUUUGCUCGGCUCCUGGACAGAUCCGGUCUUGGCAGUGACCGUUCUCUUUCUGCCAAGGGCCGGCCCAAUAUAUUUGCUGUCUACGGUACCCAGAACACAUAUCUAUUUGCCACUCGUACCGAGGCGCAAAAGGUAGAGUGGAUUCUGAAGAUUGACGAAAGCUACUUUAGCAGCAAUGCCGGCAGCGCAGCAGCCAGCGGAGAUGAACGAUGA